AUGCAGACUGCUUCUACAAACAUUUGUGAAAGACUGUGCAAUAGGUCCAUCCAUGAAAUUUCCUUGCUACUAAAUAUUAUUCCACAGUCAACUGUUAGUGGUAUUAUAACAAAGUGGAAGCAACUGGGAAAAACAACAACUUAGCCAUGAAGUGUUAGGCCACGUAAAAUGACAGAGCAAGGUCAGCGCAUGCUGAAGCUCACAGUGUGCAGAAGUUGCCAACUGUCUGCAGUGUCAAUAGCUAAAGACCUCCAAACUUCAUGUGGCUUUCAAAUUAUCACAACAGCAGUGCAUAGAGAGCUUCAUGAAAUGGGUUUCCAUAGCCAAGCAGCUGCAUCCAAGCCUUACAUCACCAAGUGAAAUGCAAAGUGUCGGAUGCAGUGAUGUAAAGCACACCGUCACUGGAGUCUAG